UAUUACCUUGCCUUUUAAGCACCUACAUUUUCCAUUCUCAUUCUUCUCUUUCUUCCCCAUUCUUCUCUCUCUUUGAUCUAGACAACCAACUAGCAUGCUUGAAUGUCCAGAGACAGGGAAAGAUUUGAAGAAAUAGCGAAGAAGAUAAAGAGAGAGAGAGAGAAAACUGAUGCCUACUAUGAAAUGGGAAGGAGACAUAUAUUAACUCCUCCUGGAUUAAUUUUAAAUACGAUUACACCUUGUGCUGCUUGUAAGCUUCUGAGAAGAAGAUGUGCUGAAGAAUGUCCAUUCUCUCCAUAUUUCUCUCCGCAUGAACCUCAAAAAUUUGCUGCCGUUCACAAAGUCUUUGGUGCAAGCAAUGUCUCCAAGAUGUUAAUGGAGGUGCCUGAGAGCCAGAGAGCAGACACGGCAAAUAGUCUAGUUUAUGAAGCAAAUUUGAGGCUAAGAGAUCCUGUUUAUGGCUGUAUGGGUGCAAUUUCAGCUUUACAUCAACAAAUUCAAUCUUUACAGAUAGAACUUAAUUCACUAAGAGCUGAGAUUAUCAAAUACAAAUAUAGACAGGCCACUAAUAGUAAUAAUACCAUUACUUCUACUAAUGAUUCUGUUUUAGCUUCUGAGACUUUGUCAUCUAUUGUUGCACCGCCAUCACAACCGCCGCCGCCGCUCCCGCUGAUGCCUCCACCGCCUUCUGUUGUUGUUUCUUCACCAUCUUCAUCAUCUAUUUCAUCCUUAUACACACCACCAACUAGCUCAUCAACGGGAUACAGCUCCAAUAUUUCUAGUGUUAAUGUUCCAUAUUUUGAUUAGUUUAAUAAAUCAUUUCUAUGUUUUGCAUUGAUUUGGUAAUAAUUUACUAAUAUUGUUUACUAGAGCAGUGGAUUUAUAA